AUGCAUAGGCACCCCACCACCGCAGCAGGUGGUGACGGCGACAACCAACCUCGCCUCGACACCGCUUUCUCCCCAUCAUCGCCAACCAUCCCGCACAUACUAACAUGUCUACAGCAAACCGCCCGCAAGUCCACCGGUGGCAAGGCGCCCCGUAAGCAGCUCGCUGCCAAGGCCGCCCGCAAGUCGGCUCCCUCGGCCGCUACCGGCGGUGUCAAGAAGCCCCACCGUUACCGCCCCGGUACCGUCGCUCUUCGUGAGAUUCGUCGUUACCAGAAGUCGACCGAGCUCCUCAUCCGCAAGCUCCCCUUCCAGCGUCUCGUCCGUGAGAUUGCCCAGGACUUCAAGACCGACCUCCGCUUCCAGUCGUCGGCCAUUGGUGCCCUCCAGGAGGCUGCCGAGGCCUACCUCGUCUCGCUCUUCGAGGACACCAACCUUGCGGCCAUCCACGCCAAGCGUGUCACCAUCCAGCCCAAGGACCUCCAGCUCGCCCGCCGUCUCCGCGGCGAGCGCUCGUAAGCGCGAGGCCUCUGUUGCUGUCUUUAGCGACACUCUGUGCGCGGUGGCCGCCUAGCCGCCCCCCCGCAGCACCUUCGUUCACCCCUUCGUUUUUCGCUCUCGCUAUUCGCAAUACCCCUUUUCCUCGAGCGGCUAUAGCCUGUUGUCACCUUCAAUA